UACCAAUCCAAUAGCAAGUUGUAUUUGCAGACACCGCCCUUUUCCGAUGAAGUCUCUCCAAUGAUAUAUUCGCUCCUUGGUAGAUUUACAUAAGCACACCCCUUAUACUACGUUUUGCAUAGAAACGCCCCUCAGUAUUUGAAGCUAAAGCGAAUGCACGGCGAUAUGGGCGUGGGCGUAAUUUUAAUUCACCACUUCUACAUUGAGUGAAUAACUGAAUAACUCCUCUUAGCCAAUCAAAGCCCUACCUACCCACCUAAACCGGAGACAGUUAAGAUUAACAGGCAGGGUCGUGCAGCUGUUUGAAAAUUUUAGGGCUGCGGGUUUUUGAUAAAGCAUAAUAGCUGCAGAAAAAGUUUAAAGGAAGGCUGGGUAAGAGGAAGCUUGUGCGCGAUCUCCGGGGGGCAUUAGAGCAACUUCAGCGGAAGCAGCGAGGUCCCGGAACUCCGAAAAAGAAGGUACGCGACGAGUUGGACGUCACCCAGAGACUCUGUUGUGAAGUGAGCCCCCCAAAAAGUGGCUUCUCGGAUGGAUAUCCCUGUCCACGGUGGUUCUGCGAGCAUUAACCGUCUCAAAAUAAGCGGCCGCUUGUUUCGUGCGAGUCUCGGCGGCGUGUUCUGAACGUGUUCGAGUUGCACUGAUUUGUACCAGACUGGAGGCGCUGGUCAUGUGCCUUCCUUUCCUGUUGAAAGGCCCGCAGUAGUUUCAUUCCGGUUUGUCGCCUGAAUGUGAGCUGCAGAAUAUGCAGAAGCAAAUGAAGGGGCGUCUCGGCGAGCUCUUCCUGACGGCAGUCCUCCCUGCUGCCCUCUGUAUGCUUCCAGCACCGGUCAACCUCAACAUUACCUCUCAAAACCUCGAGCAUUUCCUGAAGUGGGAGCCUGGAGAUGGAACUCCAACUGGAACCCUUUACAGAGUUGGAUAUUUCAGUCAAAGUACCAACAACUUGACCCUUGUGGAGAACUGCCAGAAUAUCAGUAUCGGUGAGCCUCUAGAAUGCGAUCUGACAAAAGUCUUUGUAGAUGUUUUAGACCUCUACGUCGCUAGAGUCCAAGCUGUCUUCAGAUUUCAGGAGUCCAACUGGACAGAACUACCAACGUGUUUUCAACCAUAUGAUCACACCUUCCUUGGACCCCCAGAGGUGAGGAUGAUUGGACACUUUGACAGUAUUAUUGUCAAUAUCACGCAACCAAGGACAAAAAGCAUUCACUCUUUGCCAGCUGUCUAUGGAAAGUUUAAUUAUGAAAUUAAACUGAUAGACAUGCGAAGUAACAAUGAGCAAAUGAUCAAAAUAGAAAAUAAUGGUAAUGUUUCAUUUGAGAAACGGAUAUUUCCGCUUCAGCCUGCUACUGAGUACUGCGUCAUGGUGAGCAUGAAUGCAGAUAACAACGAGAAGAGCAUCCCUUCUGGAAGGUACUGUGCCUUUACAGCCCGCCACAAUAAAGGAGGUUUUCUGGCAAAGGUGAUCGUCAUUCCAUCUGUAAUUUUUUUCGGCAUCUUUAUAAUCUUCAUUUUAUACACGGAGUUAAUUCGUUCUUGGAAAAUGGAGCAGCCCAAGGUCCUGACCUCUUUCGUGAUUCAGGAUGUCGUCCGAGUAGCAGAGAUUGAGAAGUGUUACCCCAUCUUAGUCACAAUUCUGCCCAGACCUGACGAUACACAGAACUUAUACAGAGAUGCCUACUUUAAGUCAAGGCAGAGCGAGGACUCGGAUGAUGAAGAAGAUGACGUUUAUGAGAAGUGUGGCUUGAAGGUGCCAGUCCAGCAAAGCUACAACAGCAACAAGAAGCUUGAGAAGAACGUCAAUCCCCCUCUGUGUGAGCAGUUUGGAGAGGAGGAGUCGAGCCGUGAGGUGCUGGGUAACCAAACCGGGGUGACAUCUGAACAUCUGGAACCCUUGGAUUUGGAGCAGCAGGUGUGCCCGCCCGAGAGCCUGGAGAUCUAUGAAGAUGUGCCUCUGUGUUCAGUGAUGCUCUGUGACCUUGAGCAGGAAUGUGUGACCAACGAUGCAGUCACCGGAGACAUUCGCUUAGAGAAAUUGGACCAGCAGGUGGAGCAGAAGCUUUCAGACAUUUUGACUGUGGAGCCGGUGAGUGUCGUCAAAGGCGCGGUCAGUGAGGAUCACAACGAGGAGCCACUGUUCAUUUCAGACUCUGAAGAAGAGGACAGUGAUGAUGAUGAUGAGCCUUGUGGAUAUUUAAGCCGUUAGUCGUACGGUGCACUUUAUAAACGGUUUGCUUUAACUGUGGGCUGCAGCGCUCGAGGGCCAUUAGCAGCUUUCUGUCCAGCUAAUGUUAAUGGAACACAUGGCUGUAGAAGCAAAGGUGGUCUGUGAUGGCUCAGCGUGCCACCAUUACGUAUGCACUGAGCACUUUCUGUACCUGUGAGGGGUGCAUUGAAUAAACUGGUAGGAAACUCGGCAUGAUGGGGCACAAGUGCAGGGUAGCUACUCAGUCUCAACAAAUGAGGAGACCCUCAUCAAGCAGAAAAAAAACUGAUGACUCCACCAGGCCUUCCACAACUAACUGCCGAUGAGUGAUCAGGCGGCCAAGACCCCCAAGUUUACGAGCCGACACACACGUGGCUCCCUUUUUAUUUUUGGAAGAGAUUUGGUACUGUACCUGCUGGAUUCACAAUGCAGUAUUACCUUUGUUGAGCCACGGACUAUUUUGGGAUUGAGCAGACGAAGAGAACCGCAACUCGAUGGCAUCCCUUGGAGCUUCUUUGUGACGGUCGUAAAUCGGAGGACAGUUAAGCGGCUGGGCCUUUGGAGUUUGUGUCUGAAGCAGUUCAUCCAAUCACAGUCUUGGCUUGGGACACCCCUCCAGUAAUAAACGUGUGUGACCUUUAGGGGGUGUCCUAAAGCCAGAACACCACUGUCUCACUCACUCCACUUCCACUCCAAAUGGACUCGCUCAUUACGCACAAAAUCUCCAAACCACA